GUCUUCUGUGAUAGACAAGUAAUAUGUCAAUAUUACAAAAAGCUCAAAUUUCCUGUUUCUUGUGUAUAGGAACUCAAUCUUGGUUAUCGGUUUUCCGGCGAAGAAGAACACUUGUCGAUGAUAUCGUCGUGAGUCGUUUUGGCGCCUUUUUGCAGCCGUUCACUUUAGUUAGACGAUCAACAAGAGCAACCAGGAAUAUAUUCACAACAAGAAAGUUCUGUAGUUGCUCCUUGAAUCAACUUCAAGAUCUAUCUGUUUCACUGAAUCUGGAAGAAGUAGUUGCAACUGCUAGUUUUCACUCUCCACAACAAGUACUUGACGCCCUACAGGUGGACGUACAACGUGGUCUAACAGAAGAACAAGUGAGACAACGCCAAGCAAUAUUUGGAAGAAACCAAGUGUUGCAAAAAGCGAGUGUCUCCUGGUGGCAACGAAUAAUGGAACAGUUUCAAGAUCGUUUAGUAUUGUUGUUAUUGGCGGCUGCCUUCAUUUCGUUGGUUUUGGCGUGGAAUGAGCAAUCGGAUAACGGAACUUGGAAUGUUUUUAUAGAGCCUGUAGUUAUCUUGACCAUUCUCGUGAUCAAUGCUGUUAUAGGAGUAGUACAACAAACCAAUGCGGAGAGAGCAGUGGAAGCUUUGAAGGCAUAUGAGACUGAUGAAGUGAUUGUUAUUCGAGAUGCUGAAAAGUUUCCGAUGGAUGCGAAAGAGUUGGUUCCUGGUGAUAUUGUUGAGUUGAAUACUGGAAUGAAAGUGGCAGCAGAUAUGAGGAUUGUGGAAAUUCUCUCGAGUGUCUUGUUGGUAGACCAAUCCAUUUUGACGGGAGAAAGUAUUUCCGCUUCCAAAGUAUCCGAACCUAUUCAACAAGUUUCUAAUCAACGUUUGGUGAUACAAGAUAAAGCCAAUAUUCUCUUUCAAGGCACGACCAUUACUCAAGGACGUUGUAUUGCAGUGGUGGUUGGUAUUGGCAGUGCAACUGAGUUUGGGAAGAUACAAUCUGAUUUAAGUGACAUGAGCCAGCAAAGUUUGCAGACUCCUUUGCAACAGAAAUUGGAUGAAUUUGGUAAGUUGUUGACCAAUCUAGUGUUGGUCAUAUGUGGAAUCGUUUGGAUCAUUCAUAUAGACAAGUUUUCGGAGCAUGGAGGAAUCAUUGAAGGAGCGCUAUAUUACUUCAAAGUUGCAGUUGCAUUAGCAGUUGCUGCAGUUCCUGAAGGACUACCUGCAGUUGUUACCACCUGUCUAGCAUUGGGAGCUCAAAGAAUGGCAAAAGAAAAUGCUAUUGUAAAGAAUUUACCGUGUGUAGAAACUUUAGGCUGUACUAGUGUGAUAUGUUGUGAUAAGACGGGUACUUUGACAACCAAUCGAAUGAGAGCUCAGCAAAUAUUUCUUGUGGAUUGGCAACGAGAUGAAAACUUACAGUGGAUGGAGAUUCAAAUGGUAGAAACUUCCAAUGUUGAAAAUAGUGUGGAAACUACUUUUUUCAACAAACAGACGUCAGAUACUAUUCAACCUAGUUCGGUUCCCUCUCUUAUUCAGUUGGGUUGCAUUUCUAGUUUAUGUAAUGAUGCUACCGUUAGCUUUCGUGAUGGCAAGUCAUAUCCCUUAGGCGACCCAACGGAACUAGCAUUAUUAUAUUUAGCCGAAAAAAUCGGCGUAGAACCUUUUUCUUCCGAGUCCUUUAUCAAUAACUUUUGUGCAAAUCCUACAGACAUCCAGUCAGCAAAUCUUCCUGCUCGAUCGUAUUGGACAUCUCAUUAUAGAAAGAGAAGAACCUUUGAAUUUUCUCGCAGUCGCAAGUCGAUGAGUGUGUUGGUGGAAAAACAAAUUGAAAAUAACGGAAAACAAUUAUCUUUGUUAGUAAAAGGUGCACCAGAAAAUAUACUGGAUAGGUGCGGAUAUAUUCAAUCGUCACAAGGAAAGGUGAUUCCACUUGAUAUUUCAAAGAAACAAACCAUUCUUGAAUAUCUUCAAAUUACAUUAUCCACAAGCUCUUUAUCUUUGAGAUGCAUAGGUUUUGCUUACAAAUCAGGUACAGCCGAAUUGUUGUAUGCUUCGAAUAAGGAUGAUUGUGCUUAUGAGGAGCUAGAAACCGACUUGAUAUUUAUUGGUAUAGUUGGAAUAGCAGAUCCUCCAAGAGAACAGGUAAAGGAUGCCAUAAGUCUGUGUAAGAGUGCUGGCAUUCGAGUGAUCAUGGUUACGGGGGAUAAUCCGAUUACUGCGCAAGGUGUUGCCCGUCAAAUAGGAUUGUUACCUUCGGAGGAAAUGUCUUCAUCCAGCAAGAAAUUGAAUGUUCUAACCAGCCACGAUUUCGAUCACUUGCAAACCAAUUGCUCUUCUGAGUCUAUCUAUUCAGCUAUUCGUGAUUUAGUUAUUUUAGCACGUGUUGAACCACUUCAAAAAUUAAAACUGGUUGAGUAUUUGCAAAAGGGUCAUCAGAUAGUUGCCAUGACAGGAGAUGGAGUCAACGAUGCACCAGCUUUACAGAAAGCCGAUAUUGGUAUUGCUAUGGGUUCAGGGACUUGGGUAGCCAAGGCUGCUGCCAAAAUUGUUUUGGUAGAUGACGACUUUUCUACUAUUGUUGCAGCAGUGAAGGAAGGACGUUCCAUCUAUAUGAAUUUGAAACAUGUUAUUCGUUAUGUCAUUUCGAGUAAUAUUGGAGAAGUUUGUUGUAUUUUAUUAGCUUCGGUCUUGGGAAUGCCUGAAACGCUUAUUCCAGUGCAGUUGUUAUGGGUGAAUUUGAUAACAGAUGGUUUACCUGCCACUGCAUUAUCUUUUAACGCUUCUGAUUCCACUUUGAUGGAGCAACCUCCUCGUUCUCCUCAAGCUCCUUUUGUGGAUGGACCAUUGUUAUUUAGAUUUCUCACUGUUGGAGGUUAUAUUGGAGUUGCAAGUAUUGGUGGUUUCGUUUAUUGGUAUUUGUUUUCACCCAAUGGACCGCAUCUUACUUGGCAUGAAUUGACUAGUUAUGAACAAAUGACUAACCUGUGGAAAAGCGACAAUGAAGGCAAGACGAUGGCACUCAGUGUACUAGUAAUCAGUGAAAUGUUCAAUGCACUCAAUGGAUUAUCCGAAAGUCAAAGUAUAUUUCAACUCACUCCUCUUUCCAAUCCUUUGUUAUUAGCUGCCAUAUCCAUUUCAGUGACGUUGCAUCUCAUGAUUGUUCAUAUUCCUUGGUUACAGCAUGUCUUCUCGGUGACUCCUUUAUCAGUUACCGAAUGGUUGGUAGUUGUAGGACUUUCUAUUCCUGUUGUAAGUAUUGAGGAAGCUUUCAAAUGGUUUUAUCGUCAAAGAAGAUGAAGAAUGAUUGAGUAGUGUGAAGAGGGGGGGAUGUGGAGUGAGUCGUUGUUGAUUCAUCACUCUCUCUAAAACUUGUAAUAUCAAUAUCAAUAUAUAUAUAUAUAUAUAUAUACAUAUAUAUAUAUAUUUGUACUAUUCCUACCUCUGAAGCUUGUCUACAUCCCCUUUUACCACCUUUCUAAGAAAGGUACUAUGGAGAAU